AUGAGGUUCUCGUCUAACUUCGCUUUUGCGCUAUUUGCUUCGACAACCCUUGCCCUUACGAUACCUAAGAAAACUACUGCGCUCACGGCGGAGCCGUUCUACACACUCGAACUUGCGCCUGGAGAGACCAAACAAGCUGGUGUAAAAUUCAUGGAUAUCACUGAAUAUUCCGACCUCCAUGAUCAUGCACAGAAGCACUCUUUCGCAGCAGCAGCAGCAAUCACCUUCCCCACUGCUGUAACUCAGAAAGUCAGCGUCAGCCCUCUUCUCUCGGAGCUCAGCACAUCCAACAUAAAGACCGGUCUUACCACAUUCUCUAACUUCCAGAAUCGUUACUACAAGAGCAAUUACGGCAAGCAAUCUUCCGAAUGGCUCCUCUCCCAAGUGCAAGCUGUCAUCAGUGCUUCCGGUGCAACUGGCGCCAGCGCACGCGCAUUCGCGCACACAUCCUGGACACAAAACUCUGUCAUCGCCACGAUUCCCGGUAAAAGCACCAACACUAUCGUAAUUGGCGCACACCAAGACAGUGUUAACGGCGCCAGUCCCUCGACUGGUCGUGCACCAGGCGCCGACGACGAUGGCAGCGGGACGUUCACAAUCCUGGAGGCGCUGAGAGUCAUGUUGACAGACGAAAAAGUCAAGAGCGGGCAGGCGCCGAACACGAUUGAAUUCCACUGGUACGCUGCGGAAGAGGGUGGUUUGCUCGGGAGCCAAGCAGUCUUCACGGAUUACAAGAACAAAGGCCGUGUGGUAAAGGCUAUGCUGCAGCAAGACAUGACCGGCUACGUCAAGCCAGGCAUCACUGAGAGUGUAGGUGUCAUUACUGAUUACGUCGAUGUUGGACUUUCCACGUUCAUCAAGAAGGUCAUCACCGCGUACUGUACCAUCCCGUAUGUCGAGACAAAGUGCGGCUAUGCAUGUUCAGACCAUGCAAGUGCCUCGAAAGCAGGAUACCCGUCUGCGUUCGUCAUCGAAUCAGCGAUGGAGAACACAAGCAAGUAUAUCCACACAGCCCAGGACACGUUGAAUACUGUCAGCUUCAGCCAUAUGCUUGAGCAUGCAAAGAUGACGGUCGGUUUGGCUUAUGAGCUGGGCUUUGCUUCGGCGCUGUAG